AUGCUUCCUAUAGAUAAAAAAUGGCAACGCUUACUGCUUAUCUUACAUAUAUAUCUUUUCUUUUCUGUACAAAUAUAUGGUCAAAGACUUGAAAUUAAACGAAAUGUAGAUGAUGUCAAUAGUGAUCAGGUUCAAUCGCUCUAUGUUCCAUUGAAGAAAGUGUUUGUCGAAGCAACAAUUCAUUCGUUUGCUGCUGAUGUGAAAAUUAUUCAAGUGUUUCGUAAUGAUGAAAAAACACCAAUUGAAGCUGUUUAUUGUUUUCCUAUUGAAGAACAAGCAGCAAUCUAUUCAUUCGUUGCACGUAUUAAUGAUCGAGAAGUUGUUGCUCAACUUAAAGAGAAAAAACAAGCACGAAAUGAAUAUGUUGAAGCUCUACGAGAAAAUCAUGGCGCUUAUUUAUUGGAACAAGACGAAAAAUCUCAAGAUAAUUUCAUCAUUAAUGUCGGUGCAUUACCACCAUUAACCGAAUGUACAAUCAUCAUUGCAUAUGUCACUGAAUUAGAUCUAGUAGAUGGACUUAUUAUUCGUUUCGUUAUUCCUACUACUAUAGCACCUCGAUAUGAUUCUAAACAGGGUGGAAUUUCAUCACCUGCAAGUACUACUUCCAAAUAUGUUCAAAAAAGUCCAUAUACUAUUAACUUUUAUUGUUAUAUCAAGAAAAUAGUCGGAGAGACUGGACAGUUAAUUCGUACAGUAAGCUCAUCAUCUCAUUCAAUCGAAGUUGAUUUUGAUCAACAAGACGCUUAUGUAGUAAAGUUUGCUCAAGAAAAUACUCAUUUAGAUCGAGAUAUUCUUAUUAAUAUUGAACUAGCUGAAAAACAAGCUAAUACCAUUUUGACUAUUGAAUCAAAUGCUGUCAUGACUACCUUUAUUCCUACUGAAGAAGAUUGUCGACUAGCACGAAAUAAUGAACAGACGAAUGAGUUUAUCUUUGUUGUCGAUUGUAGUGGAUCAAUGACAUCAGAGAACAAGAUAGGUUUGACUCGAGAUGCUGUUAUGUUAUUUUUGAAAAGUCUUCCUGCUGAUUCUCAAUUCAACAUCAUUCGAUUUGGUUCCAAUUACAUGAGUUUAUUUUCUGAGAUUACUGCCGUCUACAAUGAAGCAAAUCUUCAACAAGCCGAACGAAUGGUUAGUAACAUGCAAGCUGAUUUGGGUGGAACCGAAUUAUUAGCACCAUUACAAUGGUUGAAAGAACAUUCUCCAGUAAAAGGCCGUUCUCGUCAAAUCUUUCUUCUUACUGAUGGAGAAAUUUCUGACGUCUCUGCAGUACUUGAUUUAUGUCGAUCGAUGGUUUCAUCUACUCGUAUUUUCUCAUUUGGCUUAGGCAUGUCACCGAGUCGAGCACUUGUUAAAGGUCUUGCUCGAACGACGAAUGGUCGAUUUGUUUUCAUUCCACCAAAUAGUAGAGUUGAUACAUAUGUCAAGGAACAAUUGCACCGAGCUCUACAACCAAGUAUCACUAAUGUUCAAGUGAAAUGGAAUUUUGGUGAGAUUGAUGUACAUACAGCACCUACACAAUUGCCUCCUGUCUAUGCUAAUGAUCGUUUGAUUAUAUAUGGUCUCAUAGAUAACAUCAGUAUUUUACCGUCAGAUAUUAAUCUUUCUGUAGAACUCUAUACGAAAGAAGAUCAUCAUCGAUUAGGUAAGGCAAGAAUUGAACGAAUAACCAGUAUAGAUAACACAGGAUCGAUUGCACGUCUUGCCGCUAAAGCUCUUAUUCUCGAGCUACAACAUGCUAAGAACGCAUCAAAAGGUUCGUUACAAUCACGUUUUCAAGACGAAACAGAUUUAACAGAGAAGACGACAGAAAUAGAAGAAAUAACGAAGAAACGCAUUAUUGAAUUGUCCUUAAAUUACAGCAUUUUGACACCAUAUACAGCAUUUGUGGGUAUAGAGAAGCGAAUAAAUGGGAGUAAUAUUAAUAUGGCUCUUCGUGAAGUACCAAUUCAAAUAUCAGCCGAUGAUCAACAUUUGAUAUCGCCGCAAUUUUUACAUUACCUUAACAGUGGUCAACAUCGGACAAUUUCAUAUUUGACUAUUCUUGCUUGUUUCUUCUUUUUUCUUGUGUUCUUUUUCACCGUAUAA